AUGUGGUGUCAUUUAACCAGACGUACAAGAAGCGAUAUUCUUUGUUCAUUUGUCUCUCGCUCGCCCAGAGACCUGCCCGGCUUUGCGACUGGUCGCGGCAAUGUGCCCCUGUCGUCAACUGACAGUUUCCCUCGGUCUCCCAUGGGCUUGCCGGAUCCAAGGUUGAUUCCAUGUGUUGGGACUCAAAUCGCCUCCGUGUCAAGAAAGUUCAUUAAACAUUCAGCAGCCACUCCCUUUCGUACCAACAGGCAGCGGCUAAGUCCAUGUUCUAACAAAACCUCUGCCACGGGUUACCGGCCGACUCAACAUGGAGGUAUGCCCGAUGGGGUGUCGACGGUCUUGCGUCUCCGAUUUGGCCAUCAACUUUACACAAGUCUGUGUGAAGAGAGCCUCAGAUACCCGGUUUGCAUGACACAGGAACAUGCAUUCAUAGGAGUGGAGCCGCAUUAA